UCCAAAUAGUCCACUGUCGUCCCACUCCCAGAGUCCCAGUAAACCCUUCGAAAACCCUAGUAAAGGGAAAUUUCCCAGUAAUCUCGGCUAGUUCACGGCAAAAUGCCCGGCAUGGCGACGGAUUCCGGCGACCUAUCAAUGGUCACUGUUCCACAAGAAUCCGAAAACCCGACUGUGGUCUACCCCCUCCGCCACGGCCUUAAACCCCCAAUUCACCGCGCCUCGAUCUGCUGGGCGCGCGGGAACACUCUCCGCGUCACACUCCUCCGGAAGCCGGGCCCCGACGAUGCUGGCGGCGGAGACAGCGAGGCUGGCGGAAAGGUGGUGGAGUUGAACCUUAGCAACACUGGUGAUGAAGAGAUCGAUGCCGUGCGGUGGAGGAAAAUCGCCUACGGUUCAGUGACUCCCUUCGCACUUCUUCAGAGUCGGAAGAACUCCAUGGCUGCGUUGUCGAAGAUGUCGUUGGAUUCUCCACCCUACAAUGCUGAGUGGUCAGAGCAUGUUAUGGAGUACAGCAAAGAAAUAAAUUCUCUCCUUGGUAAUCCAAAGUCAGCUCCUACUUCAGUCAUUGAAGAUCCAAAAGCAGUCUUAAAGGAAGUUGAGGAGCCCACUUGUUUGAAAGGUGCAUGGGAGCUAAUGGAGAUGUUUUAUGCUGACAAGCAAUCCCAAGCUUGGAUCUCAGAAAGGCUUCUUGAUUGGUUGGCUGACUAUGAUUCUUUAUUCUCUGGAACCCACCCAACUGUCCAUUCGAAAGUUGUGGAUUUUCAGAAAGAUCUUGUUGCUUUACAGACCAUUGAAAAUGAUCCCAAGUACUGGGAGGUUUUAUCAUCAGCAUUGGCAGUUGGCUGGUUAGAUACAGUUGUAAAACUGUUACGUUUGCAUGGAUCUUAUCAGUUUGACCAGCUAGGAACUCGUGAGACAGAGAAUGGACUGGUGGAAGCUGUUGCUGUUCUUAUAUCAAAAAUGCCCAGAAUGCGUACUACUCUACCAGCAGGGAAACUGGGCGAAUGUUACCCCUCCAAGCAAGACUUUAUGAAGGCAUGGGAAAGAUGGCGAGCACAAAUAACAAAGUUGGAGUGCAGUGCAUACUGGCUUCAAUGUGAUCACCUCCAGACUAGGGAAGGACUUAAAAAUAUGCUGCAAAUUAUGUUGGGGAAUGCUAGUGUUCUUUCAAAUGCAACAUAUCAUUGGAUGGAGCUUUAUGUUUCUCACUUCCUAUAUAUCCGGCCUUUCACAGUGGGUUUAGAAAGCAUGUACAAUCUUGCCCGGAAGUGCAUGCAGAUAAAGCCAGUUUCCAGUUCCCACAAGUUGAUGAACCUUGUACUUGGGAUUUUUGGAGAAAAUGCAGAGGUUGUUUUAGCUGAAUGUUCAAGAUCGUUUGGUCCCUGGAUGAUGGCACAUGCUGUAGAGCUGUUAACAGCUGGGAGCACUCAAGCUGAACUUCUUUUGCAUGAAGAGCAGCCUAAACUUGGAGGAAUCAACUUAGAAGAGCUCCAUCGACUUGCUUAUGCUGAAGUUCUAUCGUCUCAUGUGCUGACAUGGCAGAUCGCACCAAUUUAUCUGACAUCAUGUAUGAAGCUUGGAAUCAGCUUGUUGGAAAAUCUAUUGUACAAACAGCCUGUACAACAGCACCAAGUUCUACUGAAGAGCAUUGAGAUAUGUCGUCUGUAUGAACUUAACACUGUCUCUUCAAACAUUAUGAGGAUUGCUGGAGUCCACCACUGGAAACAUGGAAAGAAAGGCCCUGCAGUUUUCUGGCUUCAGCAAGCUCAUGAUGAAGUUCGUUUAAACAGAAUUGCAAAGCAAUUAUUUGAUUUUGUUGGAAAGUCCGUCUCUGAUGAAGGUUUCAAGCAAUGGGAAGGACUAAUUGAAUUGCUUGGUUCAGAGUCCAGGACUGCGAGUGGUCUUGAGUUUUUGAACAAGUAUAGGGAUUUCAGGCGAUGUCUUCUGCAGGUUGAAGGUUAUACAUCUACUGAUGCUGCUUGGAAAGCUGCUGAGGCCCUUAUAUCACUGAUGAAAAACCCUUCUACACCUCAACAAUUUUGGCUUCCUCUUCUGCAUGAUUCGCUAAAAUUGCUAAACUGGCGGGAGCAUCCUUUGUUUAAUGUCUCCCAGACCAACUUGCUUUUGAAUAAAAUGCAAGAGUUGUCUAUGGCAAGAUUGCGACCAGAUUUUGUAGAAAAUGACUUGCCAUCUGAAGCUGUGAGUUCUGUCAGACUGGCUCUUGCUACUAACUUGGGACGUGCAAUCCUUGAGGAAUGAUACUCCCAUAGCACCAUGUUAUUUAUUGCUUCCUCCUAACGCGCCUUCUGCCUGCAGGCUACACAAUCCUAGCAUCGGGCAACAGUAAUUUGGUCUUUACUUUUAUCAUUGGGAUGCAUUGCUUGCUUGAAAUUGUGCAAAGCUGGCAUUGUUUAGAAGGAAAAUAACAUGAAGAAAAACAGUUUUAUCAUUUGAUACUUACACUUGUAUCCUUUAUCCCUAGUCUCAAAAAUCUUUUUCAUUUGUAUAUUCCUAUGUAUCUUAAUUGGAAGAUGAGUACUUAUCAUUCCCCUGGUGCAUUGCUAUUGUUUGAGACCAAGGGUGCUUGAAAAGAAAUGUAGGUUAUAUUUACGUGAAAAA